AUCAGAGAGCGGAAGAUGGCGGCGCGUCGAGGCUGAGCAUCGAGAUCGAUCACCGAAACACUCGAUUAGACGGAACAGGUGAAGUCUGUGAAAGCUAAAAAUUCGUCCAUCCUAUAAGGAAACGAAGGGCGCUCCUAUCUGAAUACCUUAAAUCCCCUCAUCAGUUAUGGAAUUCCCCUGGCAUAGUGUGAAAGUCCUUGGGCAACUAAACGAACAACGUCAGUUGGGUCUUCUUUGUGACUGCACAUUUGUGGUGGAUGGAGUAGACUUCAAGGCCCACAAGGCAGUUCUGGCAGCAUGUAGUGCUUACUUUCGCACUCUCUUUUUGGACCAGAAUGAUGUCGUUCAUCUUGAUAUCAGCAAUGCCGCAGGUCUUGAGCAGGUUCUUGAGUUUAUGUACACAGCAAAGCUGACUCUGAACUCUCAGAACUUGGAGGAUGUGCUUGCUGUAGCUACUUUCCUUCAAAUGCAAGAAAUUGUCAAUGCUUGUUCUGCUUUUCAGUCAGUGGCUGUCCCUUCAUCAUCCAAGCCUGUAGUAAGAGAGCCUGUGGAGGAACAACCAAGGGAAACAGAGGAUGCAACAUCCGAGGAGCAGCAGGAGGAGUCUCAUGCCGUAGAUAGGAAUGCGGCACCUGAAGUGAAAGAAGCUCCUUCACAAUCCGAGACAACAGAAACUCAGGAGGUUGCAUGCAACACACCUGAGAAGCGAAGCACAAAGACCCAGAGAACUGUGAGCAAAGUUUGUGGGCCGUCCAAGCUCAGUCACCCCACCAGACAAAAGAAAGCAGCCAAGACAGAAAUGGAGGAAGAGAAAGCCGCAAAAGAGAUUCCACAAUAUCAAGACGACCCUUCUGAUGCAGACUAUACUCCCAGAUACUCCCAGAGGUUAACAGCUAAACAGUCUUAUGUUAGCACAAGGAGAAGCAAGUCGAAAUAUGCUACUGUUCACCCGUCUACACAAGUUGAUGACAGUGAGGAAAGCGUGUCGAAAGCUGAGAUCGUGGAGAUCAUUGGAGAGGAAGAUGAUGGAGAGGAUGAAGGAGAGGAGGAAGUGGAGGAAGAAGGAGAAGAGAUGGAGACAGAGGAUGGAGAAAUGACAGGUUCGGAGGGGAAGAGCCUGAAGCCUGGAGCUGAGCGCAGUGAAUCCAAAGCUUAUGGCUCUGUCACACACAAAUGUGAGGACUGUGGGAAGAAGUUUACGCACGCAGGCAACUUUAAACGUCACAUACGUAUUCACACUGGUGAGAAGCCAUUUAGUUGCAGAGACUGCAACAAAGCUUUCUCUGAUCCAGCCGCCUGCAAAGCACAUGAGAAAACACACAGUCCUCUGAAGCCAUACUGCUGUUCCACAUGUGGAAAGAGUUACCGGCAGAUCAGUCUACUGAACCUGCACAGGAAGCGGCACACAGGCGAGGCGCGGUACAGCUGUGAGGACUGUGGUAAGCUUUUUACCACGUCUGGAAAUCUGAAGCGGCAUCAGCUGGUGCACAGCGGAGAGAAGCCCUAUCACUGUGAAUACUGCGAACGGGCCUUUUCUGACCCCACCGCUAAGAUGCGGCAUCUAGAGACCCACGACACAAACAAAGGUCACAAAUGUCCACACUGUGACAAGAAAUUCAACCAGCUGGGGAACCUGAAAGCUCACCUGAAGAUCCACAUUGCAGAUGGGCCUCUUAAAUGUAAAGAAUGUGGAAAGCAGUUCACCACCUCAGGAAACCUAAAGAGACACCUGCGUGUGCACAGUGGAGAAAAACCCUUUGUCUGUAUGCACUGCCAGAGAGCUUUUGCUGACCCUGGAGCCUUGCAGAGACAUGUGCGCAUCCACACAGGGGAAAGGCCUUGUCUCUGUAUGAUUUGUGGAAAGGGCUUCACGCAGGCCAGUUCACUCAUUGCUCAUGUUCGUCAGCACACUGGGGAGAAACCGUAUGUGUGUGACCGCUGUGGCAAAAGGUUUGUGCAGUCCAGCCAGCUGGCCAAUCACAUCCGUCACCAUGAUAAUAUCCGACCACACAAGUGCCACGCCUGCAACAAAGCAUUUGUCAAUGUGGGAGAUCUCUCCAAGCAUAUAAUUAUUCAUACAGGGGAGAAACCUUUUCUGUGUGAUAAAUGUGGCCGAGGAUUCAACCGUGUGGACAACCUCCGUUCCCACGUGAAGACGGUGCACCAGGGGAAUGCAGGAAUGAAGAGACUAGUGGUUUCUGAGGAGGAUGGGGAGGAGAAACUGCUGCCUGACACCCCAGGCUCAGAGUUUGACAAUAAUGAAGUCAACAUCGUCACCGUCACCACAGAUGACAUCGUGACUCUGGCCACAGAGGCUCUGGCUGCCAGUGCCGUAGCACAGCUGACUGUGGUGCCGAUGGCAACCGCCGUAUCAGCAGAUGAAACGGAGGCACUGAAAGCAGAGAUCACAAAAGCAGUGGAAAAAGUGCAGGAGGCAGAUCCGAACACCCAGAUCUUGUAUGCAUGUGACUCUUGCGGUGAGAAGUUCCUGGAUGCCAGCUCCCUUGCCCAGCAUGUGCGCAUUCACACUGCCCAGGCCCUGGUCAUGUUUCAGGCAGACUCUGACUUCUACCAGCAGUACGCAGGAGACGGUACAUGGCAAACCACUGAGCAGGUGAUCCAGGGGGGCGAGCUCUUGUUCCGCACCCCGGAAGAAGAGGGUGAUGAAGGUGAAGGAACUCUAGCCCAGUCAGAAUCUCAGACUGAGGAGAAGGAAGAGGAGACCAGUACGCAGACAGAGACAGAAGAAGGAAGGGUGGAAUCUGAAAGCCAGGGACAGUGAGGAGUUUCUGACCUGAGUGAGCUCAGUGACAAUAUAAAAGCAUGAAGAGAUCAACAUAAAGUUGAAACUGUCACAAAGCUUAUAAUGUAAAUACAACAUAAAACAGCUCAAUAUGAUAUUUAGCAUAAGAGGGAUGUUAUUAAAUGCUAAUAACAUUUUAUAAUAGAUGUAUGUAAGAGGCUCAUAUUUUGAAACUAAUGUCAUAAAAUCUCACAAACCACAGCACAGUGUGUGUGGUUAGCUCUAUACAGCCAUAACAAUGCUAACAAUACUAGGUUGUAUAGAAUUGUUUAAAUAGAAAAGAAAACAAGAUACAAUUUAAUUAAAUGUGAACAAAACAAACAUAAUUUGUAAUGCUCUAUGUUUGUUUAUCAGACAUUUUAAUACCAGCUGAAAGUGUAUGUGCAUCCCUGUAUAUUUCCUCUGCCAGAUCAUGUAUUCACAGUCUUGUAGAGUAGAUGGUGUUACUGAGGCCAAGUAAACAUAUGACUGUCCAACAGCUUUCAGUUUUCAAUAGAUCAGGUUGUGACAUUUUAUUUAUUAAUUUUGUUUCAGUUAUUUAGUUUUUUCUUUGUGGAGAUUGAGCAUUUUCUAAAAGGAGGUGAAUUGAACAUAAAACUGCUGAUUUUAACUGUAUGCUUAUUAUUUGCUUAAUGAGUAAAAGCUGAAACAACUCUCAAAAAUGCUACAUUUAAUUUUACAUAAAUAUUUCAAGUGGCUCAUGUUUAAAAUGCAUCUUCAGUAUUUCUAAAUGCAUUAAUUGUGUUCCGCUUUGUUCACACAGGUAGAAAAAAAUCGGAUUUUUUUUUUUGCCUAUCUGACUCAAAUCCGUUUAGGUUUUUGUAGUCUGAACAGGACUAAAAGACAUGAAAUCAGAUUUUUACAAGACGGAUCACACACAUUUGGAGGUGGUUUGAAAUCAGAUUAAAAUCAGAUUUUUGUUAAUGUAUCUCAGUCUGGUCAGAUCGGAUUUCUUGUUUUUCGUCAUUCAUUGUCCCCGACGGCACCAACAAUUAUCCAGGCGAUUAUCUAGUCAGCCAAUCGUGUGGCAGCAGUGCAGUGUAUAAAAUCAUGCAGAUAUGGGUCAGGAGCUUCAGUUAAUGCUCACAUCAACCAUCAGAAUGGGGAAAAAUGUGAUCUCACUGAUUUGGACCGUGGCAUGAUUGUUGGUGCCAGAUGGACUGGUUUGAGUAUUUCUGUAACUGCUGAUCUCCUGGGAUUUUCACGCAAAACAGUCUCUAGAAUUUACUCCGAAUGGUGCCAAAAACAAAAAACAUCCAAUGAGCAGCAGUUCUGUGGAUAGAAACACCUUGUUGUUGAGAGAGGUCAACAGAGAAUGGCCAGACUGGUUUGAACUGACAAAAUCUACGGUAACUCAGAUAACUGCUCUGUACAAUUGUGGUGAGAAGAAUAGCAUCUUAGUAUGCUAUUCUAAGAUGCAGGUUGGAGCUGUUUUGGCGGCACGAGGGGGACCUACACAAUUUUAGGCAGGUGGUUUUAAUAUUGUGGCUGAUUGGUGUAUACUGAUGUCUGACAAAGAGCAUGUGGUUUUUUUUGUCUCUUGGUAAGCUCAUUCAAUUGAUUUUGAAGUAACAGUGUGCCAACUUUGUUGUGUGUUUACAUGAUAUGAAUAAAUAAAUAGUUGAAUAUAAAUAUCGAUACAUGGAUCUGAAGUAUGGAUACAAUAUCAUCGGAAAAAGUAUGACAUUGUAUCAAUAUUUGAUUGUAUCGACACAGCUCUAAUUACUUUGAAAAUGAAUGUGGAUGUGCUUGCAGUUUGAGCAGUUGGUAUAUAAAAAAAAUCACAUUUGAGGGAAAAUCUGAUUUUUCCUGGCCUUCAUGUGAACAAAGCCUAACUAAUGGACUAUCAAAACACCUUUUUUUGUGAGAUCAGUGAUGUCUGUUGCAAGCAGCUUCUGUUUUGAAUAUCAUACUAUUCAUUAAGUUAAAUGCUUUCAUGUAAACUAUUAUUGUAGGGGUCAGCACAAUUUGUUGAUACCAUAAUAUACAAAAUCUUACUGUUUUGUUAACAUUCUUUUGGAAUUGAUCAGAUCAGAUAUUUUAUCACAAAAUAGGUACAAUAUUAAAUUAAACCAUAUGCUUUUUAACACUCAAAAUGACUUAAAAUUUGCAAUUUAAUUGUUUGUUAAUAAACCACUAUCUUUGGAUUGAUAGUUGAAUAAUGAU